AUGGUUGAUGUGGUCCUCUCCAAGAAUGGAGAAAAACCCCCUCCACCGCCUCCAUCCCCAAAUACUCCUCCGCCACCGCCUCCCCCUCCGCCACCACCGCCUCCGCCUCCGCCACCACCGCCUCCGCCACCACCGCCUCCUCCUCCGCCACCACCGCCUCCUCCGCCACCACCUCCAAAUCCUCCUCCGCCACCUGCACCACCUCCAAAUCCUCCGCCACCUGCACCACCUCCAAAUCCUCCGCCACCACCUCCAAAUCCUCCGCCACCUGCACCGCCUCCAAAUCCUCCGCCACCUGCACCGCCUCCAAAUCCUCCGCCACCUGCACCACCUCCAAAUCCUCCUCCGCCACCACCUGCACCACCUCCAAAUCCUCCGCCACCUGCACCACCUCCAAAACCUCCGUCACCUGCACCACCUCCAAAUCCUCCGCCACCUGCACCACCUCCAAAUCCUCCACCUCCUCCUCCACCACCACCUGCACCACCUCCAAAUCCUCCUCCACCACCACCUGCACCACCUCCAAAUCCUCCGCCACCACCACCUGCACCACCUCCAAAUCCUCCUCCUCCACCUCCUAGUCCAAAUCCCCCAUCUCCACCUCCAAAUCCACCGAAACCAAAUCCUCCAUCGCCUCCUUUAAAUGCAGAACCAAAUCCAGCACCGCCUUCGAAAGGUAGGGACAAAAACCUUCUUGAUUCGAAGUACGGGGGACGAGAUCCGGAGUGUUUUGGUAUUGCAAUGUUUACACCAGGUGCAAAAAAAUCUGGUCCAUAA